CCUCUAUUUUCAGGGUAAAAAAAGUGAGUGUUAUACGCCAAUAAAUACAGUAUGUUAUGAUUAAGUUAUUGCACAAACAGAUACUUUAAUUUAGGUCCAGAAAACAAACUAUUGAUUAUAUUACAUACUAUGCAUCAAUUAAAUGGAAAAGGUAUUUAUUUGUUAACCACUGAUAUAGCUAUAUUGCCCUACAGCAAAGACCAUUACUAAGUCAUAACUGGUACUGUUAUACUAUUGAUGCAAUGUACUGUACUCGAUUAGUAUAGUGUAGCUACAACAAUGGACAAAAGGGGAGUGCCCGACUCCAGUGUAACAGUGGAGCUGGAUUACACAGAUGAGUUCCCUCUCAGGACUGGGAAAGCGCAGGCAUACAUCUACCUGGGGAAACACGAUCACAGCUAAUCACACUAUAAAUAGGAUUCAUCUCUACCUACAAAAACUGUACUGCCUGAUUUAUCACCAAACAGAAGAACUCAACAAUCUGAACAACCGAGGCAAAGAAAAUGAACCUCAAGCAUCAGUUACAGUCAUAAACAAAACCUGAAAAGAAGCAAAGCUCCUACUGGAAGCAAUCAGAGGCCACAGAAAACAUUAAACCAAGGGAAGAUAAUUCAGCAUUGAGGAAAAAUUUCCACCUGGACAGAAAUACAUCUACUGGGAAAUGAUCUACUCCUAUCCCUAAACACAACACAUCCAAUACAAACAACUUCCACUAAGUUUUUAGUGCUUCAGAAAUAAGUUAAUUGGAAUUCUACAAGCAUAACAAAAGAGCUUUUGUUCUCCGUGAUCAUAGUUAUGGAUACUUGCCAUAUUCCUAUUUAAAAUGAAUAUCACAUUUGACAAGGCAGAAGACUCACCCUGAUGUGAAAAAAGAAGGCAAUCAACAUCCGAAUUAACCAUAAUUUGUUUACUGCAUUUUUUAUCUGCACCUUUUUAACUAAAAGCUCACAAAUUAGAUUGGGAUCCAUUAGGAGCAAGCAUCAAUUCCCGUUAUCAUUCUGCACAUAUCUCAACUAUUGUUAGUGCUGUAAUAAAAUAGUCAAUUAAAAAAAAUACAUCUAUCUUGAAUUUCAAAAUGAAUAAUUUCACAGAAUCUAAUUUGAAUAAUUCAGGAAGUAGAUGCUAUCCAAAUGCAGAUGUAGUAACCAAGGUUCUGCCCACCAUGUACACUUUUGUUUUUAUCAUUGGCUUCUUCUUAAAUGGGAUGAACUUGUGGAUUUUCUGCUACAUUCCCAGUAACAGGAGCUUCAUCGUCUACUUGAAAAACAUUGUGAUUGCUGACCUUUUAAUGACUCUGACAUUUCCCAUGAAAAUAAUAAGCGAUGCUGGAUUAGGAAAUUUGCAAUUACGUCUGUUUGUCUGCAGAUACUCAGCAGUUGUGUUUUACCUGAAUAUGUACAUUGGAAUCAUAUUUUUGGGGAUUCUUGGCUUUGAUCGUUAUUAUAAGAUUGUGAGACCCAUGAAUAACUCUUCCUUUCAAAAUGUAUAUCACAGUAAGAUCAUCUCAGCAUUGAUAUGGGCAGUCAUGGCUUUUAUCUCUAUCCCAAAUAUGAUACUGACCAACCAAACUGUUAACCAAACAACAAACCCAUCUUGUGCCAAACUAAAAAGCUAUCUGGGCAUCCAAUGGCAUCAGGCUUCUAAUUAUAUAUGCAUAAGUAUAUUUGUUAUUGUGCUUAUCCUUCUUCUUACAUUUUAUGCUUCAAUAUCAAGGAAAAUAUACCGAUCUCACCAAAGGUUCAAAAGAGGUUCAAAUGCUGGCAGAAAGUCUACGAGGAAUAUAUACAGUAUUUUAGUUGUGUUCUUCAUCUGUUUUGUUCCUUACCACGUUUGCCGAAUUCCAUACACCAUAAGCCAAACUGCCACCAAAGGUUACAGCUGUCAAGAUCAAAACAAUCUGUUUUAUGUCAAAGAGAUGACACUGCUUUUAUCAGCUGCCAAUGUAUGUCUUGACCCUAUCAUUUAUUUUUUUAUGUGCCAACCUUUUCGACAAAUGCUCUUUAAAAAACUGCACAUAGAAGACAAACUUAAAGAAACAGAGAAGACUUUUAGAGUGUCCUCCACACAGCCUGGAUUAGUAUAAGUCACGCAUUCGUAUGGUGAAUCCAUACAUUAACAUAGGAGGUAUUUAUAGGGAAAGUGAGAAAUGAAAGAAAAGCCAAGGUAUAAAACAAACUAUUAUUCUGUAGGCUGAGUGAAAGCUGGAUUAAUACUCUUGGAAAAAACAUCUCGCUUUUCAUCGGACAGUGACUUGUAAAAAUGAUCCUUCUCUGUAUCUGCACUUGCAAUGCAAAACACAAGAUGCUCCCUCUAAACAGAAUGUGGUCAUUCAGGAACCAUCAGGAGUUUAAUGAGCAUGCCCUAGUACAAAGCAGUGUAAUAACUCAUGAAUACCUACAGAAAUGUUAUGGAGUUAAAUGUGGACAUUGGAACUAUCUGAGUGUUGUAAUUCCUAAAAGGGAGAAGAAAACAUCCCCAAAGAGAGCUUAGGAAAUGCAUGUAGCAUGUUAUUUGUGUAGGCUCCCAGUGGCUGACUGGAUAUCCGCUGCCCUAAAUGUUGCCAAUGGAUGGGUUUAAAUGUAAUUUCAUCAUAACAGAAAUGGUAAUUGAUUGGCUAAUUGUUGACUACAAAAUUCCACAAAUCUUGAUUCAUAAGAAUAUACACUUUUCUUAUGAAGACCCAUAGAAGAAAGCAAGGUAAUACAAAUGUUUAACCAAGGGCUGGUUUUCUUACUGUCUAUAAUCUUACAAUCUUAGGCCCUGGUCCAUUCUGCUUGCUAUACAACUAGCUUGUUAGCCAUUUUUGGUUCUAUCUUCAUAAGAUAUACGGUAUGUAGACUCAAUUAAAAAAAAAAAAAGCUUAACCAUCAGAUUUUUGAAAAAUUGUCAGAGUUCAAUUAGAUGUUAAAACUACAGUCAAAUGGCAUAAAACAUUAAUCGUUAUCCUUGUAUAAAGUUUGUAGAAUUGAGCCUGAUACUUAAUUGAAUGUUAUUUUGUAAUAGUGAUCUGCCCAGAAACAAACAAAUCAUCUAAAAGGAAGAGUGACAAAGAUGAUUUUUUUUCUCUUGAAAGCAUUAAUGGCUGGAAAUACUUGGCGAUCGUAGUUAUUUUACUUAUCAGUGUUAGUAAAAGACACUUAUCGGACAGUUUAGACAAUUAAAACUGAAACCCUGUCUAAAAGAAGAUACUACCAAAUAAAAACUGUUGAUUUAGGGAGUCAUUUACAACAAACAGUGGAUAUCUAUAGCUGCUCUACACUAUACAUAGUUAGGCUACUCCACACCACACACCCUGUAUUUUUCAACCAUUCAUAAAAGGCCAGCCAUGGUUUAAAUCCUGUUGUACAUCAAGGAAAUCUCUCUGCCUAAUCUAGCAGAGAGAAUUCUGCGGGUGGGUGAGAGGCCAGCCAUUUGAUCUUGACAGUUCAGAUGACCAGGCUCACCUCAAAUUUUUAUUUAUUUAAGUUUUUCAUAUUUAUUUUAAUAAAAAGCAUAGCUGUGUUUUA